AUGCCGCCCCACUCAACAAUCCACACCACCAUCGCCAACCUAACCACCGGUUCCUCUCUCGUCAUCGCUAUCAUAGGCGGAACAUCAGGCAUCGGAUCCUACAUCGCCAAAGCCUUCGCCUCCGUUUACCGCAACUCAAAUUCCAAACUACGCAUCUACAUCGUCGGCCGCAACGCCUCGCGCGCGGAAGCUCUGCUUGCAGAAGUGCGAGCCACAAGCCCAGAUUCAGAAUGGCGAUUCAUACAAGCCCAUGACCUGGCGCUGAUGAGCAAUGUCGACGCCAUAUGUGCGCAAAUCAAGAAGUAUGAAGAAGAGCAGCCAUUGAACGGGGGAGAGCCGCGGAUAGACAUGCUAUACAUGACCCAAGCAGAGUCACCACUUGCACCAUCACCGCCAACAAAAGAAGGCCUUGACACCCAAGUCUCCCUCCUAUACUACUCCCGCAUCCGCUUUAUCCUCGCCCUUACACCCCUACUCCUCCGCUCCCAAAACCCAAGCGGCGCCCACGUCAUCUCCGUCUUCGCAGGCACAAUCGAAGACUCCAUCUCCCCGUCUGCCCUUCCAAUCGGCCCACCAGCGCCGGAAAAGCACGGCGUGACAUCUGUUCGCACGCACGUCGCUUUCAUGAAGACCUUCAUGUUCGAGGCCUUAGCUGAGGAACACGCUGGCAAGAUCGCUUUUAUCCAUGUUUAUCCGGGCUAA